AUGAACUCCUUCACAAACAACAACAACGGCACUGUCGCCCCUGGACAGCAGAACGCCGGCAUGGCGGGUGAGAAGAAGGACUAUGGCGACAAAGCCUUUGACGCACUCGCCAAGAAGUCUGGCCACCCCGUCGACCGGAACACCAGUGAAAAGAUUACCGAUGCGGCUCGGGGCGCCUUUGAGAAGGUGACUGGCAAAAAGGUCAACCCCAAGAUCUCGAACUAG